GACAAAGUCCUGGCCCAGCCGCACCACGAGCUGGACUCCAAGACGAUUGACCCUAAAGUUGCAUUUCCCCGACGAGCACAGCCUAAGAUGGUCACAAGAACAAAGAAAAUAUUUGUAGGUGGAUUAUCGGCUAACACGGUAGUGGAAGACGUAAAGCAAUACUUUGAACAGUUUGGCAAGGUGGAGGACGCCAUGCUUAUGUUUGACAAGACGACCAACAGGCAUAGAGGAUUUGGCUUCGUAACUUUUGAAAAUGAAGACGUGGUGGAAAAAGUCUGUGAAAUUCAUUUCCACGAAAUCAAUAAUAAAAUGGUAGAAUGUAAGAAAGCACAACCUAAAGAAGUGAUGUUUCCACCAGGGACGAGAGGAAGGGCGCGUGGAUUGCCGUACACCAUGGACGCUUUUAUGCUGGGGAUGGGAAUGUUGGGUUACCCGAAUUUUGUUGCAACGUAUGGCCGAGGAUAUCCUGGAUUUGCCCCAAGUUACAGCUAUCAGUUCCCAGGUUUUCCGGCAGCGGCUUAUGGACCAGUAGCAGCGGCAGCCGUGGCGGCAGCAAGAGGAUCAGGUUUUGUUUUACGUGCAAACAGACCUGGCUCCAACCCAGCCCGACCCGGAGGCUUCCCCGGGGCCAACAGCCCAGGGCCCGUCGCGGAUCUCUACGGCACGGCCAGCCAGGACUCCGGCGUGGGUAACUACAUAAGCGCCGCCAGCCCGCAGCCGGGCUCCGGCUUCGGCCACGGCAUCGCCGGACCUUUGAUUGCAACGGCUUUUACAAAUGGAUACCAUUGAAACGUUACAUGGUUGGUUGCCAUCUCACUUGGAGAGUCUCUCUGGAUGUCCGGGCAAGACGGGGCGAAGUUUCUGAGCGGUCCCACCUUUGGGUGACCUCAUCAGGCUUUGAGCACCACAUCAUCACCGAGAACGCAACGGAACGGGAGGUGGCACUCGACGGACUUAGGUUGUUUAAAAAACAAACAAACAAACAAACAAAAAAAUCUCUCUCAUCAUCUCAUGAAUCUGCUGUACUAUAAAAACAACAGCUUUUAAAAGUAUGUAU